AUGGCUUUGCAUCUGUCGCGUUCGAGGCGUCUGACAGUUGUCAUUGGCAUCUCAACUUGCUUUUUUCUUGCUGAGAUCUCAUUGGGAUUUUAUACCCAUUCAAUUGCUCUCAUUGCUGAUGCUUUCCACUAUCUGAAUGAUCUGGUUAGCUUCAUCAUUGCCCUUGUUGCCUUGAAGAAAUCGGAAUGUACCGAUUCGCCCAAGGAGCUUUCCUUUGGUUGGCAGCGUGCUCAGCUACUGGGUGCCUUCUUUAAUGGUGUCCUUCUUUUCGGGCUAGGUAUCAGUAUAUUCUUACAAUCUAUUGAGCGUUUCAUUGCUCUCCAACAUGUCCAAAACCCCAAAAUGAUGUUCAUUGUUGGAUGUGUCGGGCUAGGGUUGAACAUAAUCAGUGCAUUCAUUCUUCACGAACACGGCCAUGGUCAUGAUAACGGCCCAUCGUCUACAGUUGAGGCACCUUCUCACGUCAGUGAGCAUUGCCAGGAUUCUAGCUCCAAACAUUAUGACCACAAGCACCUUAGCUUUGAGAAGUUCUGUCAAUCUACCACAACUCAUAAUCAUGGACACGGUCACGGUCACGGUCACGACCACGGUGAUCUGGGUAUGAUGGGAGUAUUUGUUCAUGUCAUUGGCGAUGCAAUCAAUAAUCUUGGUGUAAUGGCUGCUGGUCUUAUUAUCUGGCUCGCAGCACCCCAUCCUGGCCGUUUCUAUGCCGACCCAGGAGUGAGUAUGUUCAUCGCCAUAUUGAUUCUUCUGUCGUCAAUGCCAAUCAUGCGCCAAGCUGGUUUGAUCCUGCUCGAGUGUGUUCCCACGGGCGUCGACAUGGGAGAUGUGACCCACGACCUGGAAAGGAUCCCUGGAGUCCAUUCAAUUCAUGAACUUCAUAUUUGGCGACUGAAUCAACAAAAGACCCUCGCAUCUGUUCAUGUUGUUGUUUCUGAAAACUCCGUGGAAGACUUCAUGCGCAUCGCCCGCGUAAUCAAUGAGUGUUUCCACGCCUAUGGAAUUCAUUCGGUCACUCUCCAGCCCGAACUUUCUGAUGACACUGACACAGAUCUUCCUCGAGAUGCCGGCAAGCCCAGUCCACGAUGUCAAGUUAUUUGUGGAACGUUGUGUGAGGAAUUAACUUGCUGUGGUUAG